UCCGAAAUUUAGUUUCCGAUAGCUAGCCGUCUUGUUAGAGGCACAUAUUUUGUGGUUUCGGUGUGUUCUGUGCAAACCUUUAUUUAUGUCACCUAAUCGCAUUCAAUAGAUUGUUGUUUCUACUAGCCUAUAUAUCCACUGUUAAUUCCUCUAUGCUGCUUGAUGCCUUCUACAAAGUGGGUUAUGUGCUGUGUGGCCAUGAGGCAGCUUUAUGGUUUCAGUUUCCAUCCAGUGUCAUGUUGAUUCCCAUGAGAUAGAAGAUAGUUGAUCCCCAGAAAAUAAAAGAAGAAGACAAACAAGUUGGCAGUAUUUUUAUGGUUGUUGUAGCUGGACUGAACUUCUGAAUACUAUAUUACUGGACUGGAUGAUGCCAGAAGGCAUGAGGUAGACAGAAGGGAAGACUGAGCUAUCAGAGGAACUAGUAGCAUCUCAGGAGCAACAACAGGACAUGGAAUCUCUCCCCGUCCCGAGUGUGCAGGCCAUGGUGGCGGCCACCGGCGGAGCCGAUGUGCCACCGAGGUAUCUCCGGCCUGCGGAGGCGGUCGCUGGCAUCGUCGAUGGCGAGGGUGAGGCCCAGAUCCCCAUCAUCGACUACCGGAGGCUGCUGCUGGAGCUGGAUCGCCGUGGUGAGGAGUCCGCGCGCCUCCACCGGGCCUGCCAGGAAUGGGGCUUCUUCCAGCUGAUUAACCACAGUGUCCCACACGAUGUGGUGGAGGCAAUGAAGGCCAACAUUCAGCAAUUCUUUCAGCUACCCGCAGAGACAAAGAAACGAUUCGCGCAGGAGCGAGGGCAGCUGGAAGGCUACGGUCAGCUGUUCGUCGUCUCGGAGGAUCAGAAGCUUGACUGGGCUGAUAUGCUUUACCUCUACACACAGCCACCUGAGAGCAGGAACACCAAGUUCUGGCCUGACCAGCCUGUUAACUUCAGAUCGACGCUGGAUAGAUACUCUGGUGCUGUGAAGGAGAUAGCGGAUUCCCUUUUGGCGAUGUUGGCGGAGAACUUGGGACUGAAACAAGAGGUGAUUGCUGACAGAUGCGUGGGCGGAGUGCAGUCUGUCAGGAUGAACUACUACCCGCCGUGCGCUCAAGCAGACAAAGUCGUCGGCUUCUCCCCGCACUCUGAUGCUGAUCUCCUGACCCUCGUCCUCCAAGUGAACCAUGUCCAAGGCCUGCAGAUCAAGAGGAAUGGCAGCUGGUUCCCCGUCAGGCCCGUCGAGGGCGCUCUCAUCGUCAACAUUGGGGAUAUUUUUGAGAUCUUCACAAAUGGGAGGUACAGGAGCAUCGAGCACCGUGCGGUCGUCGACCCCAAGGAGGAACGGCUGUCGGCCGCAGCGUUCCACUCCCCGAACAUCCACUCCACGAUAGGCCCGCUGAAGGAGCUUACGGCGGACGAAGACGAGGCAUACAAGACGGUGGACCACGAGAACUUCAUGAGGCUUUUCUUCGCGACGAAGCUGGAGGGGAAGAGCUUCUUGGAUCGGAUGAAGCUGAAGUAGCUAGCAGCUGAUUGCUACGAACCCAGCAUAGCAGGUAAACUGUGUUGUUGGUCCUCGCAUCGUUGUCAGAUAUUCAGGUAGUUCAUGCUGUGUAACCAACCUUAAUGAGGCCCUAACAGAUCAUGCUCUGGAAUUUAGUUCCUGAUGGCCGUCUUGGUAGAGCGCAAGAGAGCUGAACUUGGCAAACAUAAUAAUAUUGUGAUUUCUUCA